UCAAGUUAAAGUCCCGCCCUUCGGAAGACUCAUCCUCCUGUGUUAGUACCGCCCCUGGAGUUGAGUGAAACGUAAUCACUGUGCGCGAUGUAAUGGGAGCCUUAGCAACAAAGGCUUGUGCUGUCCCGUUCUUUAUAGUAGUGGUAACGUUCAUGACGUGUGACGCUGCCAUGUUUGUAGUGGCAUUGCUCUUGCUAACGUGUGUGAGAGGAAGCCGCAGAAGGUGAAGCAUCAUCGUUCUUCCUAGUGAGCUCCACAACAAGUUUGAAGUGGGAGGUCGAUAGGAGAAAGAGGGAGGAGUGGCGAAAGCACGCAGCAUGGGGACCAUGGCCCACGAGCCUGCUCCUUGCAUUAUCAAGAGCCCAGUCACACUGCAAGUGGGAGACAUGAGAACCGAGCAAGGCCGGCCUGGGGUUGUGGUGAUUGAUGUUGUGCUCCCGCAUUCACAGACCAUUGAUUUGCAGGAAAUAGUAUUCAAGAACUACUACACAGCCUUCAUGACAGUACGAGUGCAGCGCCAAAACCCUGCAGGUGGUGGGAAUGAAAGUCCUUCUAAGUGGGUUACUUGUCUGCAGAAUUACUGCUUGAUGCCUAACCCUCACACAGAAGAAGGAUCCCAAGAUUACUUCUCUCUCUCCAGACAUCAGAUGCUUUGUGAUGUGGACCGGGUGGCUGCCAUGCGUCUCAUCCUACGCCAACCAUCUCCAGUAUGGCUGCAUUUCACCAUUGAGGAGCUGCAGCUUUUCCCUGGGGGUCAGAAGAGUCCACAAAAAGGCUUUCCAGCUUGGCUUUCUCAUCCAUCUCCUCAGGAACGGCCAGCAAACCUACAUGAUGGACUCCCUGAUGCUGACAAAGUGUCUUCUGAAGUGCAGCAAAUGUGGGUUCUAACCGAGAUGCUCCAAGGUAGUCAGCCAGCAGCAAGGAUUGGGCGCUUUGAUGUGAAUGGCUCCUAUGACCUUAACCUCCUUUCCUACACUUGAGAUCUUCCAGGGCUAGAAGCUGACAAGAUUCUUAAGAGUUGGACUCGCUUGGUUGCGUCCCUGCAUUGUUGGAUUGGCUUGAGGCAGGAAGUAAUUAUGGACUCAGUCCAUUGCCUUCAUGUUCCAAUCCUCCCCUUUCUAGCUGUAUAGAAGUGGCCUUUCUGGGGCUCUCUAGUUCUACCCUGUUCCUCCUGCCGUCUUAUGUGGAGAACAUUCUCAUGAUCCUCCAUUUUGCUCUGGGCCCUGGAAGGCUGGAUUGCCUGAAAUGAAGGUGCCUUAUUUGGGCUCUUCAUCUCCUGCUCUGCUUUUACAAGCCCUGCUGCUUGGUGCAUGUUUCUUUGGGGGGCAAAAUCAAGCAUACUUUCUAGAAUCUGGUCCGGGGGGGGGAGGGAAGAGAGAAUAACCCUUCAUUUUGGCAAGGGCAUGACUUGACCUGUCUUGGAUGACAAGCCUGAAGGUCUUUCUUUCUCAAAUCCAUGUGCAGGCAUUCCAGAGGGAACAAGAAUUCAGUUAUGGGUUCCUCUGCUACGGCUACCUCACUUGCAACCUACACUGUGUAAUUGUGUAGCAUUUCUAAUCAAUGGGUGGCAAUAAGAUAAGCCUUCUGAAGAAUCACCAACCCCCACACACACCUUUUCCUGUAGAGGGAUGUGUGUUGAUAAAUAUACAAGGAUAGAUCUGACAGCUUGGCCCUAGCUGUGGCUAAAAUACAGCAGGGACCACAAUUGGAGAGAAAUAGUUCACCCUAGUGUAAAAUGGAAGUGCCAGUAUGUGCUGUGUGUCAAAUUGUAGCUGCAUGUUGGUUUUUAGCUGAGGCCUGAAGUACCUUGUCAUUUUUAACAGCUACAGCUAUAGACAUCUCAAGUAAUUAAAAUUGCAUCAUGCUAGAAACCCUGAACACUUAUGUUCUUGAGAGCUGCCUUAUAUAAGCUUGAGCUGCAACACAGAUUGCCUACAACCUAGAUACUCUUAAAUAUCACCUUAUCAAUCUUUUUUUCCAACUCCUCGGCUAACUUAUUCAUGACUGUAGGUUCUGAUUUCCAGUCACUUAAUUAUUACACUCGCAUAUUGAGUGUUGAAAACGGGUGAAUAAAUUAUUAUGGUAAAGGUCUAGAUUCAGAUCCCUUCUGUAUCAAGGAACUAUUAGACUGCCUCUGAAAAAUCACUUUCUCUCAACUGUCCAUCUAUAAAGUGAGUCUUAAACUGCCUCUCAAAGGGCUAAGAUAGUUACAAAGAUAAUAUUUGAACACCUGCCUUACACUGACAGACAUAGAUCUGUUUGCACACAUUGCUUCUAAACAAGUACAUCUUCCUUGGGGUGAGGGGCACUUCCCUGCAGUAUGUGCACAAUUUGUAAUCUGAUGGAACAAGCUGUAAAACAAAAUGAAUUACUACAAUAGGAUGUGUAGAUGACUUUUUUUAAUGCUGGACAUUAGAUCUCAGGAGUGACCUCUCUUCUGUAGCUGUGUAACUUCCUUUGUUAUUUAUUAUGAACUAUUUAUGUUACUCUAUUUAUACCUGGAAAGGGCCACAGUGAUCUUCAGCUCAUUGCAAGUGUAAUAAACUUUAUUGCUUACAGCAAAAGGCCUUUGCAAAAUUUAAACAACGGGCCUGAUGGCAGGAAGCUGCUUUAUACAGAUCAUUAGUUCAUCUAGCUCAGUAUUAUCUGAGUGUCAGCCAUUCUUCAGAGGUUUAGAUAGGGGUCUUUCUCAGCCUGACUUACGAGAUAUUAGGGACUGAACUUGGGAGCAUCUGCAUGUAAAUAAUGUGCUGUACUACUGAGACGGCCAUACAACAUGCCUGAUCUCGGAAGCUAAGCAGGGUCAGGCCUGGUUGGUACUUGGAUGGGAGACCACCUGGGAAUACUGGUUUAUUUAUUUGAUUUGUUAGACGCUCAUCUGGCUGACUUCCCAGCCACUCUGAGCGAUGUACAAUACAGCAUAUAACACAUCAAAAUAUCAGAAACAUGAAAAAACUAUAACAGUAUAACAAUAAACAAUAUAAUUAAACAAUGUCAUAGAACCAAGUUCAGAAUACAGUAUCAGGGCGCCUCGCUUGGUGUCAUAGGCUUAGAGGAAGGCAAUGGUAAACCACCUCUGAAUACGUCUUACCAUGAAAACCCUAUGAAUAUAUCCACAAGAUUCAUAGGAUCACCAUAAGUCAUAACUGACUUGAAGGCAUAUAACUACUACUGAGCUGCAGCCCUUCCCUAUUGCAAUCCAUUGCACUUUAUCAGGGUUACUGCCAUGAAGUCUUUUUCAGUGGAUGCUUAUCUCACCUAAAUGCAUCACAAAUAAGUAAUGAUCUAUGUAUUGUACAAAUGGUGUGUGUUUGGUGCAAUCCACACAUGCCUUGUAAAAUAUUGGUUCUUCCUAUGCACUUCUGAAACCUCUCUUACUUUUGGACCUAUAACAGUACCUAAAGGAAGACUACUAGCAAACAGGCCAGUGCUGUUUCUCAUGCCUGAUGUUGAGCAGCCAGAAUGGGGAUAGGCAAGUGGGAAAAGACUACAAGGAGAGGCUGUCAAAUUCUUAAUUGAAUGUUGUACCUAAAUAUGGAAACUUCUUAGAAGAGAAGGAACAGAUAUUGAUAAGCAGGAAAGAGCUUGGAAGCAAACUUCCCAAAUAACCUGCAAAAUAAGGAAGAGAGAUACUGAUCCACCUUCCAGUGAUCCAGUUGACUUCUGUGAAAUCUGAUAUUUCUCCAGUCCAACCAUUCCAUCAUGCAUAUUAAAUGGAGGGGGGGCAUUGCCCUUGGUGGGUUUGGAACUAUUGCUUUGUUUCUACCACCUUUCAAUGCUAUCUUUGCUUUCUAUAUCCCUUUAUUAUUUUUAAAACAGUAAUGUGAAAAGUGAGUAUUUCAAAAGAGCUGUUACUGGUUGUGGUAUCCUUUAGAUUUAUUGAUGUGAUUAAUCAAGCUAUAUCUAGUGCACUCUGUCAAAACUGCUGUUGUCUAGGCUGAUAUUACUAUAUGUCCUGUAUUGCAUUCCAUUAUUUUGCAUACUGAUUUUAAAAGACUUGUAAAUGUACAAAGCAAGAUGGAGCCUCUCAAAUUUUUCAGUGUUUGUUUUUAAGUGGAAUAGCAAGCCUCAGCAUGGAAUUCAAAUAGUCUAUUCGUUACCCUUCUUGAUUAUCCUACUACACACAAACACACACACCCCUAAGCAAUCCCCCCCCCCACAUCGCAGCAACAGGAGCGUGUUAUUUGUUCCUGUACAGUUGUUCUUCACCUCCACUUUGUGCUUCAGAAUGUUUGAACUCUGAAUCUCUUUUCGGCUCCUCUACUUCCAGGACCCCUCAGCCAGCCCUUAAGUAAGUAAGUGUGCAAAGAUCUUACAAGAUGUCUACUCUCCUAAACCCAUUGCACUAGGAAACUUUUAUUUGAACAAAGCAGUAGAUUUUCCUUAUGUCUUAACUUCUUCACCAUCAACUGAAAGCAAAAGUGCCAAGAUUAAAAUGGAAUUUUAGGCCAUUUGGAGGGACUCGGCAGGCCUGAUUCAACAUAUACAUACACACCCUAAGUUAAGGUCUUGUCAUUCUUUCAUAACCUUAUACCUGAGUUACGGACUAGUUGAGCUUCAACCAAUUUUAAUUUUCUUAACUUGUGGAAGCUUCAACCAAUUUUGAUGUUCAUAACUUGUGGAAGCUGAGGUCUUAGGAGGAUCUGCCUUGAUCUUGCAGUUCAGAUUUUGAAACUUUAAUUUCUCCUUGAAAAUAAAGCAGAACUCCUUGGGUGUGAUUGCUUGAAUUAAAUCAACAGUAACACAGUGUUUAGGAAACUGGAACGAGCUGAAAGGAUAGGCUUGGAAAUGUCUGUGGGCAAUGCCUGCAGGUACACUGAAAAGGAUUUAUACCAUACAGUAAGCAAGGGUUCAUGCUGAUGCAUAUCU